CUUUGAGUCGCUUCUGCAGGGUGACCAGUACACGCUUCCUUCUUGCUGCUCACAGUCGCUUUACCUGAAGAUAAAAAGGGAGAUAAAAAUGUCACAGGCACAUAGAAAAUUCCAAUCAACCGGGGGAAAACAGUUCAACUCUGUAGUCUGGAUAUCUCCCAGAAAAGAUUCCACCCUAUAAUCUCCCCUCAAUCCCUUCCUAGCCUCCUUUUGUUCGCUCAUCUGCGUGUCCCUUUAAGUUUGUAGGUAAACAAGCGCGGUCUGUUUUCGAUCACAUUUGUAUGCUCUGGGUGGAGAAAGCCCUGCUCCUGGACCUGAUUCUUCAGCCUUUACUCUUUGAAUUCAGGGUUUUUUUACUCUUGUGUGGAAGGGCUGCGAGAACCGAGCCCCGUUUUAUUGUGUAACAGUUUUAACAGGUGUGGGUUGGUUUUUUUGUUUGUUUUUACUUUUUUUUUUUCGACUGUAAUCAGUUAUCUGGGCACUGUGCCAAGACUCUAGUGAGUAUAAAUGUAAAUGUACAGAUAGACAUAGACAUCUGAGAAUGGGGAAAGAGUACCCUGUAUCAUAAUCAGUUCCCACUUACAGCUAUUGAUUUCAGUGUAGGGCGGUGGAUUCGGUUUCUAGGCUGGGAGUGGAAGGAAGUUUGCAGCUUACUGCACAGUAGGCAUGUUUGAGCUCAUUUCCCUGGUGCUAAAAUGAAUGCCUAUGCCAGCCAAACCCAAAUAACAUGGUAGGUUUGCAAUGAAAUUUGGACGCUUCCUUUUACUGCUGAUAGAACCUCAAGUUACUGUAACAUUUCCCCCUCACUUAACUGGACACCCGGGUAAUAAUUUAUCCACCUUUCACUGAGAGAUCAUCUCUAUCAGGACUUCCUCAAAAUCUCCAGCUGAGACAAUUAUUCAAAACUGUGGCGAAGAAAGUUUCGAGAAGACUUCUUAAAGAUCGAAUGUGAAACAUGUUAAUAGAUCGAGAACGUUUAAUUUAAAUAUACAUGGCCAUUUGAUUUUUUUUUCAGUUUAAUACCCACUCUUUCUCUCCUUUUGCUAAGUAAGGCUAAUCGCUGGGGUUUAAUUAUGAAUUAGAAAUGAACUCGACCAUGCCUCGCUGGCUCCCCCGCUAUAGGAGAAAGGGUUCCUGACGAAAGCGGAACUUACAAAUCAGAAAAGAGCAAGUCCUUGAGUGCAUUGGAAAUCUGAGCCUCCGGAGCCAGAGACGCUUUGCUGCCUCUUGAAAAACAGGCAGGGCUAAGAGAGAAACUUUACCAGCUCCUAAGGGAAAGGGGCUUUGAGUAUCAGCUGGCUCUGGGCGCAAGUUUCAUCCAAAUCAAUACCAAGAAGGGACUGACUCUGAGCCUCUGCCCGUGGGAUUGGGCUUCAAGCUGCUCAGCAAGCAGGAAAGCCGGUUCUUUUCCCCCUGGGAAGAAGAGUGGACUUGGGUGCCAUGAUGGCCAGCUACCAGGACCCCGAGGAGGACCCCGUAGCCCUGAUGGCUCAUGACACCAACGCCAGCAAGGAGGCCGAGCGAGCCAAGGACGAGCUGAGUCCGGAGAAGGGGGCCGAGAAGCCGGACCCCUCUCAGAAGCCCCCCUACUCCUACGUGGCUCUGAUCGCCAUGGCCAUCCGGGAGAGCGCGGAGAAGCGGCUCACGCUGUCCGGCAUCUACCAGUACAUCAUCAGCAAGUUCCCCUUCUACGAGAAGAACAAGAAGGGCUGGCAGAACAGCAUCCGCCACAACCUGAGCCUCAACGAGUGCUUCAUCAAGGUGCCCCGCGAGGGGGGCGGCGAGCGCAAGGGCAACUACUGGACGCUGGACCCGGCCUGCGAGGACAUGUUCGAGAAGGGCAACUACCGGCGGCGGCGGAGGAUGAAGAGGCCCUUCAGGCCGCCCCCGACCCACUUCCAGCCGGGCAAGACCCUCUUCAGCAGCGACAGCUACGGCUACCUCUCCCCGCCCAAGUACCUGCAGUCCGGCUUCAUGAACAACUCGUGGCCGCUGGCCCAGCCGCCCGCGCCCAUGCCCUACGCCUCCUGCCAGCUGGCCGGCGGCAACGUCAGCCCCGUCAACGUGAAAGGACUGUCGGCCCCGGCGUCCUACGGCCCCUACUCCCGGGUGCAGGGCAUGGCCCUGCCGGGCAUGGUGAACUCCUACAACGGCAUGAGCCACCACCACCACCACCCGCAGCAGCUCAGCCCCGCCAGCCCCGCGCCGCCUGCCGCCCCGGCCCCCAACGGAGCCGGCCUCCAGUUCGCCUGCGCCCGCCAGCCCGCCGAGCUCUCCAUGAUGCACUGUUCCUAUUGGGACCACGACAGCAAACACAGCGCCUUGCACUCCCGGAUAGACAUCUAGAGACCCCCGCCCUCCUGUCUGUCUGUCUCUUGUUUCUCCUCUGUAGUGGCGGAUUUGUCUAAGGUGCUCUCUGUGCCAAAAAUGGGCACAGCGGGAAAAUGUAAGCCCUGCUCCGCGUUUGGUUGAAGUCAGUGUAAGUGUUGAACUUUAAAAACCCUCUAGCUGCAGCGAGAGAUCUGUGUGAUCCUGUUUGAGUGCAAGGUUAUCAAGCGAUGGCCGGUUUGUCUGAUUUAUAACAAGGGGGGUGGGGGAGAGACUGACUU